AUGGCUCGAUACGAGGAAUACGAGGCUGAAUACGACCGACGCAGCGGCAAGCUCCGCACGCUGAUCGACAAGGUCAGCAAAACGCUCAGACCACCGCGAAAGACGACCAAGGGGACGAAGCGAGCGGGCGACCGCCUCGAACACGAUGUGUCCAAGAGACACAGAACGAGCGAGGCCGCGCAGUCCACAGAGGUGCGGCGACCUCACCACAACGCGAGCCGCUCGUCAUACCAAGACACGCAGUUCUCACCAAUUUCGACCGGCUCGUUCGACUUUCCCGGAUUCGAAUCCCAACCCUCGUUGAAAUCCACCGGCUCAUCUAACCCUUCCAACCGUGAUCAGAGAGCCUCGUCUUCCCAGCAGCUAUCACCCUACAGCGAGUCCACGCAGCCUUCUUCACCUCAGCGCUUGAGAUCCCAUCAGGGCCCAAUUUCCCGGGCUGCACCUCCCACUCAACAGCCGUCCCGUCAGGGUGCAUCUGCCCGAGCUGCACCACCCACCCAACAGCCGUGCCGUCAGGACGCAUCUGCCCGAGUCUUGCCCUCACCGCCUUCGGACCUCUCGCACACUCAGGUUGCACCGCUCGACAAUCAGCCAUCAGGCUUUACCGCACCCAUCGUCGGACGCUACUACAACAAAGACGGCGUCCAAGUGGAAGUGUCGUCGGCAAAUUUGCCGCGCAGCGUACUAGCAAGCGUCUACAGACUGAUCAGGGCGCUCGAUGUUGCAAACCCCGACUGGAAAGCCAUGUCGUUUACCGAUCGCUGUGUCGUCAAACGAAUCAUCACCAAGCAGACCAACUUUAAGUGGUCGAAAGAUGAUGAGCAUGGUCAUCAUCAUGAAGCGUGCCAGACAUGCACGAACUCUUGCUC